CGCAGUGACUCGGUCUUGUCUUUCUCUGUCUCCGUCUGUCUCGGGGUCUCGUCUCACCGGUCAUAUCCGUCAUCGAUCCCUCGGAUCGAUCCUCCCUCACCGACCGUCUCUACGCUCCAGCAGCAGCCGGGAGGCUCGUGCCGUCAUAGCGGAGACAUCGCGCGCUGCUCCGAGCCCACAGACCGACCUCCAUCUUCCUCCUCUUCGUCCUCCUCCUUCUCCUCCUCAUCAUGUCCGGAACCAGGGAGGAGGACCGCAUAGGCUCCAGCGAGUGGCGGGACUGCUUCUGGAACCCAAGGACCCACGAGCUGCUGGGCCGAACCGCCUCCAGCUGGGGGCUGAUCCUUCUCUUCUAUCUGGUCUUCUACCUGUUCCUGGCCGGCAUGUUUGUCCUCACCAUGUACAUCAUGCUGCUGACGCUGGAUGACUACAAGCCCACCUGGCAGGACCGCCUGACCACUCCAGGGAUGAUGAUUCGUCCGAAGGGCGAUCAGCUGGAGAUCAGCUUCACCGUCUCAGAAACCGAGAGCUGGGACGGAUUCACCAACAACCUCAACAGCUUCCUAGCUCCAUACAACGGCAGCUAUCAGGUUCAGACCAACGAUAAAUGCUCUCCAGAUCAAUACUUCAUUCAAGAGGACAGUGGAGAGGUCAGGAACAAUCCCAAGCGCUCCUGUCAGUUUAAUCGGACCAUGUUGGAGGAGUGCUCGGGGAUUUUGGAUCGUUUCUAUGGUUACAGCAGAGGGCAGCCCUGCAUCCUCAUCAAGCUGAACAGAGUGAUCGGUAUGCUGCCGGGGAAGGACGGUCAGUCCCCUUAUGUCACCUGUGGAGCCAAGAGGGAGGACGGGGAUAAGAUCGGACCUCUGGCCUACUAUCCUCCUAACGGAACCUUCAACCUCAUGUACUACCCGUACUAUGGCAAGAAAGCUCAGGUGAACUACACUCAACCGCUGGUGGCCGUGAAGUUCCUGAACGCCUCUCUGAACACCGACAUCAGCGUGGAGUGUAAAAUCAAUUCCAACACUCUGGCCGAAGGCAGUGAGAGAGACAAAUUCGCUGGACGGGUGUCCUUCAAACUGAGAAUCAACGACAAAUAGACACACACACACGUACUGUAAAUAUACACACUCACACGUGUUUAAAUGAGUUACACAAUCUACCCUCAAACACCUGUUUUGUUUUGUACCCGUGUUCAUGAUGCAUUUACUGACCCUCUGUAUUCUAAAGCUUUUAACACGGCCGAUUGUCCCAGGCAGUGGUUCCGUUUGUAUUUACGAUUCUGGACUGCUGUGAUGAUGUCACUGACAACAGGUGGUCCCUCCAUCAAUAGAUUUAUCUGCAUGACCAAUGAUUGAUCAUACUGAUGAGUUUAUUUAGUCAUGUCACCUAUUUAUUAAAUGUUUAUUUAUUUAUUUGGGUUAUUUAUGAUGUGAUAAAGUUUUACAGGUUCCCACAAAUCUACUUCAGGAACCAGUUAAGAACAGGAACCAUAUUGCUAAUAGUUCUGGAUCUGGAUUAGUUUGAGAACCAGUUCAGUUACUGGUUUCUCUUCAACCGCAUGUUGCCAUGGAAGCGGCUGAAUCAGAUGGUAGCUGAUGUAACUAUGGCAACAGUAGUGGUGUUGUCAUAUCUUUUAUUUGUUGUCUUUGUUAGUUUAUAAUUAGUAUGUAAAGUCAUUUGUGAAUAACUUUGAUGGGUUAGGAAGUCAUUACAUGUUUUGGUCUUUGUGAUAUCAGGUGGCUGAGCUUUAUAACUGUUACCAUGGAAACCAGGUUGCACAACCCCCACCUGUCUCUUCACCUCAUAGGCUGGAUUCGAAUUGUCAAAAGAAUUACCCCUUAACGUCUAUUCCAAAGCAGCUGUCCUUGACCUCUGUGGAUAAGGUCACGGGGUCAAGGAAAGCUGGUUAGGAGAGUUGAUGAGGAGUUAGGAGAAGACAAAGCAGGUGUUUAGGAAUGGACUCCACUGAGCUACGUAGCUGUUUUGGGCGGAGACGCUUGUUGGGGACGUCAGUCUGCAGAUGCUUCAUGUGUUGUUACAGUGUGAGUCGUGCAGACACACAAACAAACAGGUUCAAAGGAAAACUUUAUUAACAUAAACGGUUACUCACAUGAUCUCGUUAUUUCUCCAUACGUCACUAGUUAAAUAUUGUCGCUGCAAGGAAUUGUGGGACGUUCAUCUCCUUUCCUUCGGUAAAGGGUGCUCCAGUGGUUCCUAUGCUAAAGGAGCUAAGUAAGGAAGCAUUGAAGCUCCUUUCCUUAUAGCAUUAGAGAACAGAACAGCUCUCAUCACGAUGCCACUUCAGUUCCCUCAGUGAGGAACCUUCCUGAGGACAUUUGACAAGUUGAAUCCAGCCGGCCUCUUGUUUUGCCACCAGGACACGCCCCUCCCCGCCUGUUGUAAUCUCAACCAAUCGUCUUCUUCCAAAGAGUGAACAGCUCUUGUGCUAUAUGAUGUCAUUAUACUUCUUUGUGAUUGGUUGAUUUCUCUUGCCUGAAAACAUCCUUGUGUUCAACAUAAAAAGAAAAGAAAAAGUACAAAAAGAA